AUGGCUCCAUCUAUCCCUCUAUUCACUCCUACCAAAGGGAAUUAUCUUGGACCUGAGGAGUUCUACGCCAGUCUCGAUGAGGAGGUCGACACGAACGUCAAGGCCUUGGCAGAAUAUCAUUCUAGUUCUUAUUAUGAGGAUCAACCAUCCUUCUUUGAAAGCGCUUUCUGCGGCAAUGACGAUUCAUCCAUUACUAAGGAGGACCUUUUCGGUGCCAGGAUUGUCCACCGUACUGAGAUGGAUAUUGACUCGGAGCACAGCCGCCCUAAUUGUCAUGUUGAGGAUGACUCGAAUCUCGAUGGCCAUGACUCUUCACUUCUCGUCGAAUCUGGUUACGGUCCUGAGUCUUCGGACACAAGUCCCGCUCGUCCUGGUGUUUUGCUCUCCGAUGUUUUUGUCCCUGAUGACUCGACUUUGGAUACCGAACUUCACUCCUCUAAUGGUUCAGCGAGCAUUGAAAACCACAUCAAACAUGACACAGUUAAGAGCCUACUGUUGGAAACAGAAUCCACCACUUCCGACAGCAAAAUCAUGCGGGGUCGAAUUAAAGCCGAUUUUAAUGAGGAAAUGCUUCAGGAUGCCAUAGCCAUCCUAAAAUUCCAAAGCCUCGUUGUCUUAAAUGAGCAAGGUCAAGCUCGCCUCAGAAAAGACAUUCCCAUAAUGAUGACCCAUUGGGUGACACAAAGUUUGGCGGAUACUCUCUUGGCCCCAGAGGACCAGUCCAUUGUUGACAGUAUAUACAACCUUCACCAACUUAUACUGUCUCGCAUCAAAGACUACCUGAAUAAGGCGACCUCUGAUUUCCUCCCACGAGCAUAUCGCGGUCUUCCUGUUGUUGAGUCGGGUUUGACUUAUACCGGGCACCCAAGGCUUGAGGGGGAGUUUGACCUGGAUCUUCUUAACAAAUCUGGACGAAAACUUCUUUUCUGGGCUUUCUUAAGACAUGAGUUGAUGAGCAAGGUUCGCCUUUACGUUGCGAUUAUUCAUCGUGGCUAUAGGCCUCCAGUCGAACUGAAUCGACGAGGAGGCCAUAAGUUUUUACCAUGGGAGGACGAAGCCAUCAGGUGUGUUCAGACAUAUAUACAGACUCUGUAUACAGCCUUCUUUGCCGAGUGGUCUGGAGCUGAGUUGCCGGAUUCACCACCCCCGGGACUUGGACGCUCCAACAGCAUGGUCUGCGAGACAGCCCAAUGGGUAGAAGCGCUCACAGAAGAUAAGUCCGUGUGCGCUACGGCCGCGGCAAGGCUACCGGCUUAUGGCCUUGAGCCCAUCAUGAGCCUCAUGGACGAGAGACAGAAGCAGCAAGCCCAGGAAACUCGUAUUGAACCUGCACGAUCUCUUCUCAGAGAUGCCAAGUUUCGUUGUGAUUAUGAGCAUGCCCACAAAGAAACCGUCUCAGGGAACUUUGACAGAGAAAAAGGCUUGGUUCCAGAAUUAUGGAUGGACAUCGUACUUCAUCAUGGCACGCCUCGCAAUUAUACACAAGAGAAUCUUGCCCUGCUCCGACAGCGCGCAUGGGUUUUUUUCUGGGGCUCGCCAGCUCAUCCUCAGCGUGAGGCUUUACUCAACAUAUCUCAGGAAGCGGGCACUGAACUUUCCGGUCUUAAGGGAUGGGAACGUUCUUUCCUUCAAGCAAAACCCGCAAGUAAAGAUUCAGAGGAGAUGGUUGAGGGUUAUACUUUACACUCCGUUGCUGAGCCACAGCGCCACAACUUGAACCUGAAUGGCCUCAGCCUUGCAUUUGCGUCUCGCACAACAACUCCCAGCACUUGUCGCUGUGAGUAUUCAUCAUCAUCCCUCGCGAUGAGCAAAAAUGAUUCAUGCUGGGAUGAGAAAGUCAUCGCCCCUGACACCGGGAAGAGUCUCGAGGUCCAGCUCGUACUGUCCUUAGUGAUUGGUAUUUCGGCCUUCUUCCUCUUCUGUUUCCUACGCCCACGAUGGCCCGCCCUUUACGCUGCGCGAAAACGGCGUCUCGAUCACCAGCUUGGUCUGCCUGCCCUACCAAAUUCCACGUUUGGCUGGAUCCCGACACUAUUUAAAAUCACCGAGGAGCAGGUUCUGGCUUCCGCCGGACUCGAUGCUUUUGUGUUUCUGAGCUUCUUCAAAAUGGCCAUCCGACUCUUUAGCAUCAUGGCAUUCUUCGCGACGAUUAUACUAUUACCAAUCAAUGUUUCCUUUUCGGAAACCAAAAAGAAUAAGGGCCACAGUGGUAAUGAUACAUCGAUUGAGCCGGGCUCGUUUUAUGGAACAGAUCAAAACGUUUUCUCAGAUGCAAGCUUCCUCGACAUACUUAAGCACAAGGACAAAACGGACAAGAGUUACGAGAAGUCUUGGCUGUGGGCUUACGUUAUUUUCACAUACUUCUUCGUCGGCUUGACGAUAUACUAUCUCAACCUCGAGACAUUUCGCGUCAUCAAAUUUCGUCAGGACUAUCUCGGAUCACAGUCCACCGUAACAGAUAGGACGUUCCGACUUACAGGUAUUCCCGAGGAUCUGAGAUCAGAAGAAAAGAUCAAGGAUCUUAUCGAAAAGUUGGGCGUUGGGAAAGUUGAGAAGGUCAUGCUUUGUCGAGACUGGAAGAAACUUGACGAUCUUGUGGAAUUGAGAGACGCUACCUUACGACGCCUUGAGGGUGCCUGGGCCACUUUCCUUCAACAUCAGCGCCGAAAAAGAAAGAAUGCUGGAUUUCAACGAAGACGUGGCAACGGCGUGUCUCAGGACCAAGAAGACGACGACCAAACCGGAGAAAAUGGGCGCCUCUUGGACUCUCAACAGGAGCCUUGGGACUCUGGAGAUGAGGGCAGACCUAAAGUUAACAUACGCUAUGGGACCCUUGGUUUGCGAUCCCGCAAUGUUGAUGCUAUCGACUACUACGAGGAGCGACUUCGAAGACUGGAUGCCCAAGUUAUAGAGGCUCGCAAGAAGACAUAUGCACCUACAGACAUGGCCAUUGUUACUAUGGACUCUGUUGCUUCAUGUCAGAUGGCUAUCCAAGCACGAAUCGACCCCAGACCAGGCCGGCUUUUGACCAAGUUGACACCGGCCCCUUCAGAUCUUGUCUGGAGGAAUACAUACGCUCCCCGUGGUAUUCGCCGCCUCAAAUCCUGGGCUGUGACUUUGUUCAUCACGGCUCUCACACUGGCAUUCAUUUUCCCCACCGUUGCCAUUUCCUCAUUGUUGAGUUAUUGCACAAUUGAGCGUAAUUUCCCAGCAUUUGCCAAAUGGCUACAAGCGCACGGCGUUAUAUUCUCGUUGGUCCAAAACGGCUUGCCUGCUUUGGUUGUGUCGCUUCUUAACGUUGCUGUUCCGUAUCUAUACGACUUCCUCUCCAACCACCAAGGAAUGAUUUCACAGGGUGACGUGGAACUCUCUGUCAUCUCCAAGAACUACUUCUUCACCUUCUUCAAUACCUUCUUUGUUUUUGCAGUUUCAUUGACAGGAAUAAAUUUCUGGAGCAGGCUUCAGGAGAUUGCGAAGGACACAAGCAGAAUGCCGCGCGAGAUCGCCGGUGAUGUGGAGAAGCUAUCGAUUUUCUAUAUUUGCUUCAUUAUGCUACAAGGCAUUGGACUUAUGCCCUUCCGAAUUCUCGAGGCAGGAAGUGUAUUCCUUUAUCCGUUCCUACAUUGGCUGUCCAAAACACCACGCGACGCUCUCGAGCUCAAGAAACCCCCGGUUUUCCAAUACGGCUUUUUCCUACCUACGUCUCUACUUGUUUUUAACCUGUGCCUUAUCUACAGUGUCUUGGCCUGGGGAUAUGCUAUUCUCAUCGUUGGGACCGUCUAUUUCUGUUUGGGCUACUUUGCUUUCAAGUACAUGGUACUCUAUGCAAUGGACCAGCCUCAACAUGCCACUGGAGGUGCGUGGAGGAUAAUAAGCUACCGCAUCAUCAUUGGGUUGCUUGUCUUGGAGGUUGUUAUGGUAGGCCGAAUCGCCACCAGUGAGGCAUUCAUUCAGUCGGUGUGUAUCCUGCCACUGAUCCCUUUGACCAUCUGGUACAGCUACUACAUCAAGCAACGGUUUGAACCUUUGACUAGAUACAUUGCGCUUCGCGCUGUUAGGGCAGAUGAGGAUUCAGAUGAUGCAGCUGCACUGGAUGACGCGUUUGAGAACGAGGACCGCCCCCGACCUUCGCAGGCCAUUCUGCGCCGUGGAAGUACCCUAGACGAGUACAAGGAAAAGGGACUGCAAUUCGUCAACCCCAGUCUUGUGGCCCCACUUCCCCAGCCGUGGAUCUACGAUGAGCCACCUCCACCAAUCCCCACGGAUGACACACAGACAACAGAGGAGACUGAACGCCCUGUUCUGCAGGGUGUCGAUAGCACACUCGGGAUAGGAGACGAAAACGUUUGGAGAGACAAUGGAGGAAGUAAUGUUUAA